AUGGGGGGCUCUGUCCAAGUCGUGGCGGGACUCCUCCUGUUGCUGGUCGCGGUGGGGAGCCUCGGGGGAGCACCGGGCUCCGGGCUCGGCUUCACAGAGGACUUGCUGACGGUGUUCGGGGACAACCGGAGCCUGUCUGCGGCUCAAGUGGGUCACCUGCUGGAAGAGCUGGGCGCUGCGUCGUCAAAGACAGGCGAGAACCUGGAGCACUUGAAUUUGCACUAUAACCAGUGUUUGUCUGCCGAAGAGAUCUUUUCUAUUCAUGGGCUCUCAAAUGACACACGGAUAACCAGUUCUAACUUCUCGGUGAUCUGUCCUGCAGUCUUACAGCAACUGACAUUUCACCCUUGCAGUGGCCGUCCGAAGCACAAAGCCAAACCAACGCCUUCAGAAAUCUGGGGAUAUGGAUUCCUUUCGGUGACUAUCAUUAACCUGGCAUCUCUCCUGGGACUGGUUUUGACUCCGUUGCUAAAGAAGCCAUAUUUUCCUAAGAUUUUGACUUAUUUUGUGGGACUGGCCAUUGGGACUCUCUUUUCAAAUGCAAUUUUCCAGCUUAUUCCAGAGGCAUUUGGAUUUGAUCCCAAACUUGAUAACUACAUUGAAAAAGCUGCUGCUGUAUUUGGUGGAUUCUAUAUUCUCUUCUUUGUUGAACGAGUACUUAAGAUGCUAUUGAAGACUUAUGGACAGAAUGAUCAUGCUCACUUUAGAAAUGAAGACUUCUUUCCUUCUCAAGAAAAAGCUAACCCACCCCCCAAAUUGCCUUCCAUCAAUGGAGUCAAAUGUUAUGCAAACCCAGCAGUAACACAGCCUAAUGGACAUCUCCAUUUUGAUAAUGUCAGUGUGGUUUCUCUCCAGGAUGUAAAAAGGGAACCAAGUUCAUGUACAUGUUUAAAGGGGCCCAAGCUAUCAGAAAUAGGCACCAUUGCCUGGAUGAUAACCCUCAGUGAUGCCCUCCAUAACUUUAUUGAUGGUCUGGCUAUUGGUGCUUCAUGCACCCUAUCUCUUCUUCAGGGACUUAGCACUUCCAUAGCAAUCCUGUGUGAGGAGUUUCCUCAUGAGUUAGGGGACUUUGUGAUCCUUCUCAAUGCAGGAAUGAGUACUCGGCAAGCCUUAUUCUUCAACUUCCUUUCUGCCUGCUCCUGCUACGUUGGGCUAGCCUUUGGCAUUUUGGUGGGCAACAACUUUGCCCCAAAUAUAAUUUUUGCUUUAGCCGGUGGGAUGUUCCUCUAUAUUUCUCUGGCAGAUAUGUUCCCGGAGAUGAAUGAUAUGCUAAGAGAAAAAGUAACUGGAAGAAAAACAGAUUUGACCUUCUUCAUUAUUCAGAAUGCUGGUCUGCUAACAGGAUUCACAGCUAUACUUCUCAUUACCCUGUUUGCAGGAGAAAUUGAGUUGGAGUAAUCUGACUUUGAAGAUGGCAUAGUUAAUGAAGACAAUUAACCAAUAAAAAAUGAAGAAUUCUUUUAGUCUGCGCGGGGGCUUUCAGUCGAUCUACUGAGUUAAAAGACAAUCUUGUUUUCUUUUGCAAGUCACAGAAAACCAGCCAGUUUCCAGGCCUGCAAAAGGGCUCAUCAACCAUGUGUUACAAAAUGUUUUUCAGUUAAAUACAGCUUACUAGUUCCUUGGUAAACAGUGUUGUAUGUUAUAUGUGGCAGAGAACUGCCAGGCAGUUGAGCCCCAUGCAUUCCAUAUGACUCUGGCAAAUACAUCACGAAGGUGAAGAAAAAUUAAUACAGGUUUUUCCAGAUCUUAAUAAUUCUGGGAUGGGAGCAAAAGCUCAAGUGGUUUCCAGGCAGGUUAAUUUUCAUUAAUUUGUUGCAGUGAUUUCAUGGGCAAGACCAUCAAAAAAAACAUGGAAGAGAAUCAAAACUAUUUCAGCACACAUGUAAGUGGGGCUGAGAUCUUAAUUAUUAAUACAAACAAGAAAGAUAUCAUUUUCAGCUUUUGAUCUGCUCUCUUUUUAUGUGGCUCAAAGACUUGUAGAUAUAUUUGGAAAGCCCCUUUUAAAAAUAAAAAAAAGCUUAUGAAAAACCUGAACAUUCUAGACAUUCCAAAAAAUUUAAUCCGCCUUGUGCACUCUGAACUUUUAUAGAUAUUUUACCCCAAAGGGCCAAUUUCACCCAGAGUUGGGCUUGUUAGGCCAGAAGAUUUUAUUCUAAAAUUAGAACUGCCUGUAUGGCAGGCACAAAUGCUAUUGUAGCCUCUGUUGUUACCGAAUGGCAGAUCAACAUUUAGGGAGAUGGCAGUGCUCAGUAUCAAUAUGCAAUACACGUUUUCUAAAGGGGUUAUUUGUUCACAAAAAAAGACAAAAACAUUUUAAUCAGUUCUAAAGAAGGAUCAAUGUUAGUUCAGUGAGGUUUUUAUAAAUGCACUAAAAGCAGCUGGACUGUUAUAAAAUCAAGGGUUAAUGGAAGGGGGGAAUCAUAAUUUCCUUAUGGGAAAUGACCAAUUUUUUGAAUCAUCAGUUGAUAUUUUUUCUUUAUAGUUUAAUAAGCCUCUCAAUAGAAUGCUGGGCUUGGAGUCAGGAAGA